GACCUGCGCCGUGUGAAUGCCAAAGUAAAAAAACUGGUGCCAAAAAUUAUAUAUAUCGCCAAAGUCGAAACCGAUCCUCAUCCUUGCCAUGCCGCUUUCCAUGCUUAGCUAGAGCAACAAAUCACUGAAUAAGCACUACACCCCCUUUGGCAGCCCUUGCAUCCAACAAAUCACAUGCAGAUCCUCUACACUUAUAGUCCCAACAACAACGUGGUGGAUAUACUGAAUGCCGACUACAACGAUUUCGAUGUCCCGCCAACGUCAAAGAAGAUGAUAAUUGGCUCCUGUUCGAUGUUUGUGAUAUUCUCAUACCUAAAGCUGCUCUACAUACUUGUGGCCAUCUAUCUGGCCCUUCACCACGCUCACCACUAAGCGGCCCCCGUGCCAUGUAUCACUU